AUGGAUUUAUCUUGCGUUCAGUGCUCUAAGUCGGUGAAAAGCCUGGAUUUCAUCAAAUGUCACUUUUGUGAGCACACGGCCCACACUAAAUGCAUCGGAUGGACCAGAUCGAACCUCGAUUUUGUCAACAACCAGUCGCCAAACCUUUUGUGGAUCUGCAACGACUGCAUUUCAACACUGGACCAACUGAAAUCACGGAAUUCAUCUUUAACCACGGUGAAUCUUGUUUCCACGGUCUCGGAUUGUGUCAACGACUGUCUGAAGGAGUUUAAACUUGAGCUGGACAAGACUAAUUGUGCAUUACAGGCGUUGUCUGACCAGUUCAACACUUCUUCGGCUGCAAAGUCAGCGUCAAAUCGGCUCACUGGUAAACGUCCACGCGAUACUGGCUACAAGGCUACUCCUAGUGGAAGGCCUACGUCAGCUUUACUAAGUGGAACUCGCAAAGUCAGUGACGCUGUCAAAGCGGUGGAUACCGUACCGAAGCCAGUGGACAAAUUCUGGCUGUACCUUUCCCGAAUUGCUCCACAUGUGACCGAGGAGGACGUCGCUGCUAUGGUUAAGGAGUGUGUCACCGGCUCGGAUCCUGUUGUCAAGAAGCUGGUCAAAAAAGAUGCCGAUCUUUCCUCGUUGGCCUUCGUGUCCUUCAAGGUCGGAGUGGAUCGUGAACUUAAGGACAAUGCCUUGGAUCCAUCCAUUUGGCCGAACGGUAUCUUCUUCCGAGAAUUCGAUGAUCGGAGAAACACGGAGGAUUUUUGGAAGCCAAGAGCUCUGAAGGUCCCACGAAUCGAAACUUUGUUACAACCGUUGGUAACUCCAGAGAUGCUGGGCUCACCAAUGGAGUAA